AUGAACUCUUUUUGCAAAUCUUCAAUCAUUUGUGCUAGCAUGGACGCCCUAUCGGAGAUUGGUUACGAAUGUACUUCAGUAAAUCAAAAAAUGACAACUGAAAACGAAAAGCCUAUUUACGGCUACAACAUGGUGGUGGGUCAACAAAAAUAUUUUGAUUUUCGAUGUCAUGAAUCCGGGUUGGGUGUUAGUCCUCGUCAUGAUCAUCAAUAUCAUCAUUUCUAUCAGUCCUUUUAUUCGUUAAGUCAGUAUAAAUGUUUGAUUUCGAUUUUACAUAUCGAUCCCACUCUUGUCAUGCGAUUGUCACUGGUGUGCUCAGAUUGCGAUUUGUAAGAUAGAUUCUUUUACCAACUUUGUAGUCCUUUUCAAUACUAGAAGUAACAAUUUAUAACAAUCUAAGAAGCCACACAGAGACAGAACUUCCUUGGGAGGGAAAAUAUGGAACAAAGCCAAUAAGGAGUAGCCUAGAUUUCAAGCUUACGGCUUUCCUUCAUUGCGAAAAACAGGUGCACAGACAGUUUGGGUGAAAUACCUCUCCUUUAGAGGCUUUGUUUGAUACAUGAUAGAUUUUGAAUUACUGCAGUGGGAUUUGAAGGAGAGAACAGGUAGAUGAAUCUUAAAAUUGCAGUGGAGAUUUGCC